UAUUAAUUGUAACAUAUAACAAUGAAACAAAUUAUUUUUUCUUUGUGCCUUUUUGGAUUCGCGUCUUGCGGCCUUUUGAACAGCCAAUAUCUUCCUCCAAAUAAUGGAGGUAGAGGAGAAUUUAACUCUGGAUUUGCUCCACCAGUUAACAAUUACAAUAAUUAUAACCAUGGUUCUUCAGGGGGAUCUUAUUCUUCUGGACCCCAAAUACCUAUUGUAAAGUCUGAAAACGUCAAUAAUGGUGAUGGAACAUAUAGGUAUUUAUAUCAAACUGGUAAUGGUAUCUCUGCUCAAGAACAAGGCACUGGUAGAAUUCAAGCCAAUGGAGGCUUUUCGUACACUUCCCCAGAAGGUCAAAGUUUUGAAGUGACCUACACGGCUGACGAAAACGGUUUCCAUCCUCAAGGAGCUCAUCUCCCAACUCCUCCACCAAUCCCAGAAGCCAUCUUGAAAUCCAUUGAAUAUAACAAACAACAUGCUCUGAAACACCCUAACGAAGAAGGACAAUACAAUCAUGACCAAUACAAUGGUGGUAACAGUAACAAUUAUUAUAGGCCAGCUGUGCCAUCUAGGACCUACGUACCAUCCAAUUCAGGCAACGGAGGAUAUCAAUAUUGAGAAGAUUUGUAUUAAAUUAUUUUGGAUUUUUUAUUUAAGAUGAGAUUUAUAAUUUUG